UGUCUGCUAACCAACGUAAAGAAAAUCAGCCCUGACAUUUGAUUGUGCUGAGGUCAUCUCCUUAGGAACACGCUCUUGUCAGCUCGGUGCUCGACACUGUGAGCACCAGCCCCAGUGACACCAUCCAGGAGUCAGUGGAGGGCAGGGCACAGGGCUGCCAAGAUGCUGUGUGCCAGGCCCCAACUCGUUCCCAUCCCCAUGAGGCUCAGGCUGCUGGGAAACCUUACACACCACACAUGGCCUGAGUCUUCUCCGGGGCAAGGGUGCCAAGAUUAUUGCUACAACCGCUGUGACAGGAUAGCGUUAGCUUCUCCUCUGAGCCCCUGUGUGCCUCAGGUCUUCAUGUGCUGUGCACAGAUGAGCAGGUCACCUCUGGCGGCUGCUGUGGGAGCUUAGCAGAUCCCGACCCACAGUCAUGAUUUUCUACUGGUCACAAUGGGUGGCCUUCAAGCGUGGGAAUGACCUAGCAUCACUCCCUCCUGGGCCUGAGUGAGCAACCCCCUCCCCAGAGUUGGAAGUCUCGGUCAAUUUGUUGUGUGACCUUGAGCACAUUACUCCCUAUGCCCACUGCAAGCUCUCAUCUGCUCAGGGAACCCAGCCCAAUUGUCCUAAGUGUAUGUACAAGCCUAGGUAACCUUUGCCGAUGCGAGCGAGGGACCAUUGUUGCUGGUACCACCGUUCUCCUCGUCUUACAUUCCUCUUCCUCAGCCCUUCGGGAGUCAUCUGUAACCUGGCCAUCACGGCUGCAUCUCAGGACACGCAGACUCAUCAUGUCCAAACAACUGCAGGCUCGAAGGCUGAAUGGAAUCGAUCACAACCCCUGGGUGGAGUUUAUCAGACUGGCCAAAGAAUAUGAUGUCGUGAACUUGGGCCAGGGCUUCCCCGACUUCUCACCUCCGGACUUUGCUGUGCAAGCUUUCCAACAGGCCACCAGUGGGGACUUCAUGCUCAACCAGUACACCAUGGCGUUUGGUUACCCACCGCUGACAAAGAUCCUGGCAAGUUUCUUCGGCAAGCUGCUGGGACAGGAGCUAGACCCACUCAAGAACAUGCUGGUAACAGUGGGUGCCUAUGGGGCCUUGUUCACAGCCUUCCAGGCCCUGGUGGACGAAGGAGAUGAGGUCAUCAUCAUCGAGCCUGCCUUUGAUUGUUAUGAACCCAUGACUCUCAUGGCUGGAGGUCGGCCUGUGUUUGUGUCCCUGAAGCCGAGCCCUGCUGCUAAGGGACAAUUGGAAUCCAGCAAUGACUGGCAACUGGAUCCUACAGAACUGGCUAGCAAGUUCACACCUCGUACCAAGGCCCUGGUCCUCAACACACCCAACAACCCUCUGGGAAAGGUGUUCUCUAAGAAGGAGCUGGAGCUGGUGGCUGACCUGUGCCAGCAGCAUGAUGUCCUGUGUAUCUCUGACGAGGUCUACCAGUGGCUGGUCUAUGAUGGGCACCAGCAUGUCAGCAUCGCCAGCCUCCCUGGCAUGUGGGAACGGACCCUGACCAUCGGCAGCGCAGGCAAAAGCUUCAGUGCCACCGGCUGGAAGGUGGGCUGGGUCAUGGGUCCAGAUCGGAUCCUGAAGCACCUGCGGACUGUGCACCAGAACUCUAUCUUCCACUGUCCCACCCAGGCCCAGGCCGCAGUAGCCCAGUGCUUUGAACGGGAGCAGCAACACUUUGGACAACCCAGCAGUUACUUCUUGCAGCUCCCGCAGGCCAUGAAGCUAAACAGAGACCACAUGAUCCGCAGCCUGCAGUCAGUGGGCCUCAAGCCCUUGAUCCCCCAGGGCAGCUACUUCCUCAUUGCAGACAUCUCGGACUUCAAGAGCAAGAUGCCCAACCUGCCUGGUGCUGAGGAUGAGCCCUACGACAGACGCUUUGCCAAGUGGAUGAUCAAAAACAAGGGCCUGGUGGCCAUCCCUGUGUCCAUCUUCUUCAGUCAGCCUCACCAGAAGGACUUUGACCACUACAUCCGCUUCUGUUUUGUGAAGGAUGAGGCCACACUCCAGGCCAUGGACGAGAGGCUACAGAAGUGGAAAAAGGAGCUCCAGCCCUGAGGUUCCUCAGCUGGGCCCUGUCUCAGGGAUGCCCUGGAGGCCCCGCUCUGUGACUGGACAUGCUUCCAGGAAAGAGACCAUUGACUUGGGGGUUUCAGCAAUCUUUUCUCACAGUAUCUGGACUGCUGUCUUGGAUUGGGCUAUAUUCUACUCCCCUGUGGGUUAUUUUAGGGUCGUGGUUAUUUCUGGCCCCCUUGCCUGGAACAGUAAAGGAUGGAGUAUCAGGUUGGAGCCCCAGCUUUAACUUAGCCCUGCCCAGGGGCUCCCCACCUCUUCUCAUGUGACCUCAAGAUAUUGCUUCUGGCUUGAUUGUUUUUGUUCCUAUUAAAGUUGUUAAGUUAUUAGAGCCCUCAA